AUCAGUUUCCACUCCUAACAACAAAGAGGGUAUUCUGGAAGGGAGUGCUGGAGGAGCUGCUGUGGUUCAUCAAGGGUUCUACAAAUACCAAAGAGCUCUCUGCAAAGGGUGUGAAGAUUUGGGAUGCUAAUGGAUCACGUGAGUUCCUGGAUAAGCAGGGUUUCAGCACCAGAGAGGAGGGGGAUCUGGGACCAGUUUAUGGUUUCCAGUGGAGGCACUUUGGAGCAGAAUACAAAGAUAUGCACACAGAUUACACCAACCAAGGAAUUGAUCAGUUGCAAAAAGUGAUUGAAACGAUCAAAACCAAUCCAGAUGACCGGAGAAUCAUUAUGUGUGCCUGGAAUCCCAAAGAUAUUUCUCUGAUGGCUUUGCCUCCGUGCCAUGCCCUUUGCCAGUUUUAUGUUCUAAAGGAUGAAUUGUCUUGCCAACUCUAUCAGAGGUCUGGAGAUAUGGGACUAGGAGUGCCUUUCAAUAUCGCCAGCUAUUCACUGCUCACAUACAUGAUUGCCCAUGUCACAGGGCUAAAGCCUGGAGAGUUCAUACACACACUGGGAGAUGCUCACAUAUAUCUGAAUCAUGUGGAACCUCUGAAAGUUCAGCUUCAGAGAGAGCCAAGACCUUUCCCCAAACUCAGAAUUCGUCGUAAAGUUGAAGACAUCAAUGACUUUAAGGCAGAAGACUUCCAGAUUGAAGAUUAUAAUCCUCAUCCACCUAUUAAAAUGGAGAUGGCUGUUUAAUGCUAACAAACCAGCUUCUCUUAAUGCAGAGAUGUACCUAAGGUACUUAGCUUUCUGUCUGCUUAAAGCU